AGGCGCUACCACUGCGUUACGGAUCCACAGUUGAAUAUGUUCUCCAACUUCUUUUACUUACGUGAAUAAAAAAGGGCAAAAGAAGAAAAACCGGAUUAUUUGUUUGUCUACUCAACUCUCAAUCAGUUGUUCUUCUUCUCGUCUUCUUCAGUUUGGGUUUUUGCAGAGAGAGAAGAAUCGCAGCGUUUUACGGGAAUGAAAUUGAAGUACCCAAUCAACGUCCUCCAUUAAUGGCUUCUUCUUCACUUUGCACCAUUCAGCCCUUGAUUUGGACUUCUUCGAAGCUUCGGAUGACAACUUCGUACCUGGUGGUGCUCAGACCAGAAUUCGGCCUGUGUAAUGCUCCGUUCAAGUGGAUUCCGCCACAAUCACCGACUCUGAAGUUUGUAUUGAGAGCCGUUGACGCCUCCGCCAUCUCCGGCAGCGACCGGAGAGCCGCCCAAGAUGAUGACACGGCGAAGACCGAGACCACCAUUGCUGCUACAACUGUCAAAGACCCACAUGGGAAAUCACAAGCAACUGUCGGCGUCUUCCCUCUCGUUGUUUUCGCGAUGAAACGACAAGAGGGAUCAAGUUUUGCGAUUGGGAUUGUAAUUGCUGCUACGUUUUUUGUUUUGGCUGUGAGAAUCUAUCUGGGUAGGAAGGCAAGGGCCAGCCGUCCUCCUGGCUCUGUUGCUGAUCUUGUUAGACGUGGUCAGCUGAGGUCUGAUAGAAGAGGCAUAACAAGGCCUCUUAAAUAUGAUGAUCCAUUUAACAAUCCAUUAGUGAAAGUGGGUAAGAGCAAUUCAACCGUAGAGAUGUGUGGAAAGGUUUAUCGCUUGGCCCCAGUUACCCUUACAGAAGAGCAACAAGCUAUUCAUCAGAAAAGGAGGUCCCGAGCAUACCAGUGGAAGAGACCAACUGUAUUUCUUAAGGAAGGGGAUUCUAUACCUCCUGACGUUGACCCUGAUACAGUUAGGUGGAUUCCCGCAAACCAUCCUUUUGCAACCACUGCCAGUGACAUUGAUGAAGAUUUGGCACAAAAUAACGUGCGUCAAAAACACGGUGUUCCAUUUCGUAUUCAAGCUGAGCAUGAGGCACUGCAGAGAAAGCUUGAAGCGCUGCAGGGUGAGCAAAAGCUGAACAAAUUAGUUAUAGACUCUAGCAACGCAAAAGAUUUUGAGCGAGCAUUCAAGUCACAUCCAAAGUCGCCCGAACGUGGGGAAGAAAGUUUAUUGAAUGAACAUGUGGCUAACUCCAAGGCUCCCUUGCCAGAAUGGCCACCAAAUUCAUCUGGAAGUACAUUAUCUUCGGAGGAAAGGCAAAAACCCUAAAAUCUACCAUUUUCUUUUUGCAAUUAAUCACUUUGCCAAAUUUCUGUACACCGAUCUAUGGAGUUCUGCUUUUUACAAGACAGCAGAUAUCCUGUAGAACAAAAAAUGUCGAAGACCAGACUGUAAAUAGGAUGGCUUAGUUAAAGAUGGGAUUGAGUACAUUAUGGUUGCAAGUUUUUGUACCUCUGAAGCAUAAAACAAUGUUCCACACCA